UAAUACGAAAUUGAGCUUGCGUCGUCUUCUAAAUUUGCAAGAUUUAUCUCGGCCCGAGAUUAAUUGCGGAGUAAUUAUGAAGAUUAGAUAGUGCUAAGAUUGUAUUCAUAAAAGGCUUCAGUGUCAACUGUGCAGUGCCGAGAAUUAAGAUGAAGUCUUCACACCAAGGCAGUGUACAAGACUUGGCAGGUGAAUACACCGCGAUUGGUAAGAAGGAUGACGGUAUAGAAAAUUGGCGCAUACUAACCAGCGAACUGGUGGCAACCGCCAUGCUGGUAUUCCUGUCCUGCCUGCCAGGGUGUGGUGAAUCUUCACCGCUGUUGACCAGCGCAGUAGCUGCAGGCCUUACAGUGGCGCUUCUUGUUCAGUGCUUUGACCACAUAUCGGGGGCGCACAUGAAUCCUGCCAUCACGCUGGCGGCAGUAUUGAGUGGACGUGUUAAAAUGGCCCAGGGUGUAGGAAUGAUGGUAGCUCAAGCAAUCGGUGCGAUAGCUGGCGCAUCAGCGGCAGUGAUGUUAAACAAUGGCGACUCGGCCUACUGCGUCACGAUGCCAAAUGGGGCAGUAUGGCGUGCCGCGGUUGUAGAAGCAGUAUGUACUUGCUGUCUGACGCUGGCCAACCUGAGCUCCUGGGACAUCCGUAACCGACGUUGGCGAGACUCGUGGCCAUUACGUGUUGGCCUUGCUGUUUCGGCUUUAACCCUUGCAGCGGGUAAAAUAUCUGGGGCUAGCUUUAACCCAUUCCGAAGCUUCGCGCCCGCUCUCCUCUCUGCCCACUGGGACCAUCAUUGGAUUUACUGGGUUGGACCGCUAGGUGGCGCGUCGGGGGCUACAGCCCUUUACGUUGCCCUAUGGCGGCUUCAUUGACUACUCUAUACGGUUACAAAGAUGCCAGGGUGUGGCAUUACGUUGCGAGAAAGCCAAGAAAAUUUACCGCCUAAGCCACGUGCAACCUCAAAAAUACCCGCCACGGUCAAACAUUACCCCAUUGUCUGCGCGGAUCUUUUGUUUAGUUUUAAGACAAAUUGUGUGAAAUAAAGAUUAAUUCUAUUCUUAA